AUGUCCGCUUCUGAAUUCUACGCAAAGGAGAUUAAGAGUGCAUUUAAGCAAUUUACUGACUUCCCCAUAGAGGGAGAGCAAUUUGAAGAUUUUUUACCCAUUAUUGGAAACCCAAAGCUAUUCCAGAAGUUGAUCAACGCUUUCGCAACACAUUUACAGGAAAAAUUUGUUACCAGAAAGAUCGAUUUUAUUGCGGGUGUAGAAGCUAGAGGUCUUUUGUUUGGGCCGUCCGUAGCAUUAGCACUGGGCGUUGGAUUCGUACCAAUAAGAAGAGCCGGGAAACUACCAGGUGAGUGUGCUACAGUAACGUUUACGAAGCUGGACCAUGAGGAAACGUUCGAAAUGCAAGUGGAAGCCAUUCCCUUUGAUUCUAAUGUUGUCAUCAUGGAUGAUGUUCUUGCCACCGGCGGAUCCGCAAUGGCUGCAGGUAAUCUCAUCAAACAAGUGGGUGCCCAUAUUUUGGAAUAUGACUUCGUACUAACGUUGGAUAGUUUGCAUGGUGAAGAAAAACUAGCUACUCCUAUCUUUUCCCUAUUACAUUCCUAA